CUACGAGAUGAAGAUUAUGCCGAUUUCGACAGUGAUGAUGAAAGCACAGCCAUUUAUGAAGUACCUUUGAAUGAAGAUGAAGACAGAAAAAAUGAGACUAACAGCUCUUCCGCCAAACUCACCUCAUCUUCAAGUGAGCGUAGUCUUUUUAAGGGAAUCAAGAAGAAGCUUGAGCUUACGCUUCGAGGUCGAAGCGAAGAUACUCCAUCGAAGACGAAAUCAGCAGGUAGUUCUGAAGAAAUGGUUACUAAUGGAGUAACGUGCAAGGAAUGCGCACGGAAAGAUGCAGAGUUGAAGCGAAUGCAGAGUGAAAUCGAAGGUUUGAAGAGAGAGGUAGAACAGCUGAGUUUUGAAUCCACGGAGUUAGGCACAAAUCUUGCUGAUGCAGAAACAACGGUCUAUGAGAAGGAUGAAGCCAUCAAAAGUGUAAGUAUAAUAACGACAAGAAAUUACUGUUGGUGA